AUGGCGCCUAGGGAGUUCAAGAAACUGGCUCCCGUUGCUGCCGUGAUCGGUCUCGCCUUCGUGGCUGCAGUAGCUGUUGUCCUUCACCUCUCCUCGGCAGCUCCUUCCUCGCUGCUGGCUCCUGCUCCGUUCUCAGUCAAUGGCGUUAGGUACGUUCCCGAGCGACUCUAUGCCGCCGCUCCUGGGCACGUGCCGCCUGGUGCCAUCAUUGUGAAUCCCAACCAACUGAUGGGCCUUGCUGCCAAGACUGCCGCUCCUCGCCCUGCUGCUCAUCCCGUCCAGGCUCGUGCUCAUGCUGUAGCGCACAACGUGAAGCACGCAGCAGCUCACCCCCAUCCUCAUCCCGUCACCCACAAGUUGCCGGUGGCUAGUGCUGUGCCGAUCAUGGAGCAGGCACGCAGGAGUGGCAGCUACGGACAUCUCGCUGAGAACAUCCUGGUCAGCAUGAAGGGCCCAGUGCCGGUCAACAGGAAGGGCAAUGUCCUCCGUGGUGCUGCCCCUCCCGUGUCGAGGCUCGCGUCCCUCCCGGUGUACAAGAAGCACAAGCUUUCGCAGGACGCCAAGGACUUGAAGGAUGCCCUCCUAGACUGCAAGAGGGACUCUGACGACGACUGCCAGAAGAUGCUCCACCUUCACGACCAGAGCCUCAAGGCAUUCGAGAAGUCACAGGAUCAGGCUGACGCGGGUCUGUUCCGCAUCUUCGAGGCUGCUCAGCACAUCCACGAUGCCAGGGGAGGCAGGCCGAACCUCGCUCAUGUCGGCAUGCUCCAUGAGCUCGACGGGUCGCUCUUUCCUUCCAAGUCUGACACUGACAGCUAUGGGAUCCCCAACGGUGGAUCUCUGCCUGGAGACAAUGUCUAAAGGAUAGCGGUGUUUCUUUUCUACAUGACAACAAUAACAGUGUUUGCCUGAC